AUGACAUGCGCUGAUUCCACAUUGGCAACAUCUCAAGCAUCAGCUCUCUGGGACUUUGGCCAACUCCCCGAAACCAACACGGAUGUUGAAUUCCAUUCAUCGUUCUUUGACACCCUGAGCGACCACACACCAUACGAUGGGAGUAGUGAGGCGGCGCUACAAGGAACAAGUAUUUCGAGCGCAGCAGCAUCAGAGAGCCCACAGGAUGAAGAAGACUCAGCAUCGACAAAGGUAACACAUCGCAAAUGUGGGCCAGAGCGAAAAAGAUCCAGAAUAGAGAAGGGCGACGAAAAGAUGCAUUCGCUCGAGUUGCGGCGCCGCAGAAAUCGUAUCGCCGCUGUCAAGUUCCGGCAGAAGUCCAAUGCAAAGAUGGAGGAUUUAGUCCAAAGGAGCAGACAUCUCCAGUCUGAUAACGUAAUCUUGCAUUCUGUAGUGAGCGAGCUUCGCUCACAAUUGUUGGAGAUGAAAACGGAGGUUUUGAAGCAUGGUGGUUGCGACUUUCCACCCAUCCAGAAAUACAUACGUGAGGCAGCGAACUCGCUAUAA